GUAAGGCGCUGCCCCUCCCUCCGCUCCCGGAAGGGUCCGUCCGGAAAACCCGCCGUCUCUGCAGCGAGCCCAGCGGCACCGGCCGGCUCCUCGCCUGCAUCAGGACGCCAGGGCUCCCCGCCGAGGGGCGUGGGGCCCGGCUGGGCGGUGGCGGCUCGGCCGCGGGGCGGAAGGGUCCGCGCCGGGUCCGGCCCUCGGCAGCGGCGCCCGGCUGGCGGGGGAGAGAGAACCGCGUUGCACCGCCACGCCCUCCCCUCCCCUUCCCGGCGGAGGCAGCGCCACGUCUCGGGCAGGAGCCGGCGCCGGGCGGGCUGCCCCAGAGGAUGCAGCUCCUUGGUGAUUACAACUUUGGCUGCAAGCUGUUUUCAUGAUCUCAUGGAAUUAUCAGUUGCCUGCUGCACACCAACAGCUGUGAAGCUCAGAGCUGUGCUCCUGGGUAACAUCUUGAUGCUGUUGUUGCAGAUGGAGAGAAACAGGACUUGGUAGUUCAAUCGGAAGCAAAUUAUUCAGAAGCACUUUCCAGGGAUCUGGAUCGUUUUUACCAUGGACUCAUCUGUCCAGCAGGAUGUUCAUUUGGAGAACAGAAGCAAUAAUGGGGCCCCUAGCGGCUCUGAAGAACUUUUGGAUUGUAAAGCCAAGUCAAAUUCUCCAGUUACAGCAGAUGAAAUUAACACUACCAGUGUUAACAUCAAUGAAGUGCCAAAUGAAGAGGGAAGUCUGGAGAUAAACUGCAAAGUGGAUGCCUGCCAGAAUGGGCCAGAGUCGCUCUCCCCUGACUCUCCUGUAUCUUUUGACCCCACCAGCAGUGCACAGGGUCAAGAGUCAUCCCCAGGUGUGACUGGUUUCCAUGGCAGCCUAAGGAAGUCUCAGGGAACUAGUGCUGAGGGCAUAGUUCUUAGAAAAGAAGCUUUGCAGUCUCUCAAACUAAGUCUUCCCAUGCAAGAAACUGAAUUGUGCUCAGUAGAGUCUUCACUCCCAUUGGACAAAGAAGAACAAAUAAGACUUCAAGCCAGAAGACGGCUAGAAGAGCAGCUCAAACAAUACAGAGUGAAGAGACAUCAAGAAAGAUCGAAUCAGUCUACAUCCAGAAACCGGCCCUCCAGCACCCUAGAUCCUGAGCUGAUGUUAAAUCCAGAAAUCUUGCCAAGAGCUAGCACUGUAGCAAUGACAAAAGAAUACUCCUUUUUGCGGACCAGUGUCCCCAGGGGGCCAAAAUUGGGUAGCCUGGGACUUCCAGCAUCCUCAAAAGAGAGAAGAAGUUCAAAAUGUAGGGCCAGUAAGAUCCGGUCCUUGGCUGACUACAGAACUGAAGACUCAGGCUCUAGAAACACUAUUGGGAAUUUUGUGGCUACUGAUUUACCUGGUGGCACUCUGAAGCAAAGCAGAAGCGGUCCAGCAUCGGUUGUGUCUGAGAUUAGUCUACCUUCUGACACAGAUGAUCGAAUAGAUAAUUCCUCCUUGGCAGAAGACAGUGUUUCAGAGGUUGAUGGGAGUGAAGUGGGAAUGAGGCUGGAUGGAAAUGAGAGUGACAGCUCUACCUACAGCAGUGUGUCAGAAAAAGGGCUGUAUAACAGUUUAGAGAAUGCAGAAGGCAAACAGGGUAUUCCAUAUACAGUAAAUGGUCAGAAGAUACAUCCUGAUGCAAUGGGGCAAUUUCCUUCCAUCAGUGAGGUGCUGCAGGCUGCAGCAGUGGAGCAUCAAGCCCAAGAGCAAGAAAUUAAUGGGGAAGUACGGAGUAGGAGAGACAGUAUUUCUAGCAGUGUUUCUAUGGAAAGCUCUGUCACGGGAGCUCAUGAUGAAAUGUUGCAGGUUCUGAAGGAGAAGAUGAGACUUGAAGGGCAGCUAGAAGCACUCUCACUAGAAGCUAAUCAGGCUCUCAAAGAGAAGACUGAGCUACAAGCCCAACUUGCAGCUCUGAACAUGAAGCUUCAAGCACAGAUGGAGCACAGCCAAAAUAGCCAGCAGAAGCAGGAAUCUCUGAGCUCAGAAGUGGCCACAUUAAAGCAGUCUUGCUGGGAUCUGGAACGAGCUAUGGCUGACCUGCAAAAUGCCUUGGAAGCAAAGAAUGCUAGUUUGGCUUCUUCAAAUAAUGAUUUGCAGUUAGCGGAGGAGCAGUACCAAAGGCUCCUGCUGAAGGUUGAAGAUAUGCAAAAAAAUGUUCUCACCAGAGACAGCACAGUUCAUGAUCUAAGACAGCAGAUGGCUUCCUUACAGAACCAGCUUCAGAAGGUGCAGCUGGAACGGACCACACUGACCAAUAAGCUAAAGGCAUCUGAAACAGAAAUCACAUCGCUCCAAAAUGUGCGGCAGUGGUACCAGCAGCAGCUUGUACUAGCACAGGAGGCCCGUGUCAGGCUGCAGAGCGAGAUGGCCAAUAUACAGGCUGGGCAAAUGACCCAAGCAGGUAUGUUGGAACAUCUCAAACUAGAGAAUGUGGCACUGUCUCAACAGCUGACUGAAACCCAGCACAGAUCCAUUAAAGAAAAGGAACGUAUUGCAGCACAGCUGCAAAAUAUUGAGGCUGACAUGUUAGAUCAGGAAGCUGCCUUCAUGCAGAUUCAGGAGGCUAAAACCAUGGUGGAAGAAGACUUGCAGAGAAAACUAGAGGAGUUUGAGGAUGAAAAAGAACAGCUUCAGAAAAUGGCUGAUUCUGCAGCAACACUGGAGCAAGAAUUGGAGCAGGUCAAGUUGACUUUGCAUCAGCGAGAUUUGCAGCUUGAAUCUUUACAGCAAGAACACUUAGACCUGAUGAAGCAAUUCACUCUGAUCCAAGAGACAUUGCACACCAAAGAGCAGUCCCUGGAUGACCUGCAAACGCAGUAUGAUGAACUGAAGGCUAGAUUAGAAGAGUUCCAAAGUGAUGCUACUUCUAAAGAUGACAUGAUUCAGUAUUUACAGAAUGAGAAGAUUGUCUUGGAAGUAGCUCUGCAGGCAGCAAACGCAAGCAAAGAGCAACUUGAUAAAGGAGCGGCACGCCUUGGAGAAGACACAGAAGUAGCAUCACAAGUCUUGGAACAAAUGAGGCAAGAAAUGGCAAUCAAGUCAAGCCAGGUAGAAAAUCUACAACAGGAAAAUACCAGCCUUAAAAAACAGGUUCAAAAAGUGAAGGAGCAGUUCCUGCAGCAGAAGGUAAUGGUGGAAGCUUAUCGAAGAGAUGCAAGUUCUAAGGACCAGCUGAUUAGUGAACUGAAAGCUACAAAGAAGCGAUUGGACUCAGAAGUGAAAGAGUUAAAACGAGAGCUACUGAAAGUUCAAGUUGAAAAACAGUCACUUGAAUCUGAACAUUCAAAACUACAGAAGGAAGUAUCUCAGGUUCACCAGCAGAUGGUGGAAAUAGAAAAUCAGCUUCAGUCAGUGCAGAAAGAACGAGAUGAAAUGGAAACACGCCUACAGUCUUUGCAGUUCGAUAAGGAACAAAUGGCAUCUCUUGCUGAGGCAAAUCGGGCAUUAAAACAACAAGUAGAACAAAUGCAAGAAGAAGCAAAAAAGGCCAUUACUGAGCAGAAGCAGAAGAUGAAGCGUCUAGGGUCAGAUCUGACGAGUGCUCAGAAAGAGAUGAAAGCAAAACAUAAAGCCUAUGAGAAUGCAGUUGGCAUUCUUAGUCGUCGGCUGCAGGAAUCUCUGGCUGCAAAGGAAUCUGCUGAAGCAGAGCUGAGCAAACUAAAAACACAAAUCACUGAUGGUGGAAACAACCAGAUUGCCCAAGAAAGGAUUCAAGCUCUGGAGACAGAAUUGCAAGCUGUUAGCAGCAGUAAGUUGAUGCUGGAAAAAGAGCUGCAAGAAGUGAUUUCACUUACCAGCCAGGAGCUUGAAGAAUACAGAGAGAAAGUGCUGGAACUUGAAGAUGAGCUUCAGGAAUCUAGAGGCUUCAGGAAGAAGAUAAAACGCUUAGAAGAAAUUAAUAAGAAGUUGGCCCUUGAACUGGAGCAUGAACGUGGAAAACUUACAGGUCUUAGUCAGUCCAAUGCUGCUUUGCGGGAACACAAUAAUAUCCUUGAAACAGCCCUAGCAAAAAGAGAGGCAGACUUGGUACAGCUGAACCUACAGGUUCAGGCUGUCUUAAAGCGGAAAGAGGAAGAGGAUCAGCAAAUGCAACGGCUUAUUCAAGCUUUGCAGGCUUCCUUAGAGAAAGAAAAGUUAAAAGUUAAAGAUCUUAAGAAGCAGGAAGCAGCAGCAAAAGCAGAUGCAGCACAUAACCGCCGUCAUUACAGAGCUGCUGCGCUUGAGCUCAGUGAAAUAAAGAAAGAGCUACACGCCAAAGAACUGCUUGUCCAAGCCCUUCAGGCUGAAGUGGACAAACUGCAGGUAGAGGAUAAAAAACAUUCCCAGGAGGUAUCACAGUUUCAGGAAGAGCUGGCAGAAGCCAGGUCUCAGCUCCAACUUCUGCAGAAGCAGCUGGAUGACAAGCUUAGUGAACAGCCUGUAGUAAGCCAAGAGGUGGAAGACCUCAAGUGGGAAGUAGAACAAAAAGAAAGAGAAAUUGAAACACUUAAGCAGCAGUUGGAUAUGAGUGAACAGCGCAGCCACAAAGAGUUAGAAGGGAUACAAGUUGCCUUGCAGAAUAUCAAGACUGAGUUGGAAAUGGUGAGGGAAGACCUGUCAGUGACUCGGAAGGAUAAGUUUAUGCUGCAGGCUAAAGUGACUGAACUGAAGAACAGCAUGAAGUCACUGCUGCAGCAGAACCAGCAACUGAAGCUGGACUUGAAGCAUGGCAAAAUGAAGAAGAAGAAGGAACUAAAAGGAGAGAAUAACUCUUCAAAUCCUGUGACUCCAGUCAAGAUUCCUGAUUGCCCAGUGCCUGCUGCCUUGCUGGAAGAACUGCUGAAACCAUCGACAGCUGUGAGCAAGGAGCCUUUAAAAAAUCUGAACAGCUGUCUCCGGCAAUUAAAGCAAGAAAUGGACAGCCUUCAGCGUCAGAUGGAGGAACACACCAUUACAGUACAUGAAUCAAUGUCUUCAUGGACUCAGAUUGAAGGGCAACUAAUGGACUUUAUUUCUACCAGUCCUGCAACUGCAUCAGACCAGCAGGAGGUUCCUAUUGUAGAUGAAAAGAAACAGAACUGUAGUGUUAGUGACCAGGAAGCUCUGACAGUAUAACCCCCUUAUCAGUUGUCUUUCUUCCUAUUGCUUUAAGUAUGUAAACAAAUCUUUAUCGAAGUUAUUUAUUUAUUUCAUUUUUAAGAACGGUGUUUCAAAGUUGUGCUUUUGCCUGUAGAAGCAAAGGACAUGGUUUUGGGAAACUGGUGUAACAUUAACUGCAGAACAUGCUAUUCCAAGGGUUUGUUUCAGAUCUUACCAUAAUAAUUCUGUUACGUUGGGGGCUGCCAAGUGGUGAAUCUAGCUCAUUUUGGUGUUGAGAGAUUCAGAUGAAGGUUCAAAAUGAGGUCAAGAGGAGCACCUGGUUCCAGCUCUGCAUUUGUUCAAUCUGAGUGAGUUUGUUAAGGAAUGACUGUUAAUAAUGUGGUAUCUGGGGUUUGUUGUUUGUUUUGCUUAAAUGUGGGGUGUGGGUUUAUUCCCUCCAUCUUGGGUUGUAUCCAAAUCAUAGGGAAAAAUAAGUUCUGCUCAUAUUCAGCCAUUACCAGUGGUUCAGAACUUCCUCUCUCCUCCCUCCUAUAAUGUCUUAUUCUCGAAGCUCGGGUUAUAGAUACUUUUAGGUAAAGAAAAAAAGUCAUUUGAAGCCAUUUCUAGUUACAAAGAUGACCUCUGACUUACAGCAAAAGAAAAGAAGACUGUAAUGACAAGCAAUGCAGAGCAGAAUGUCCCUUUGACAGAUCUGCCUGGGAUGUUUUCUGAAGUAUGAGUUUUUUCUCUUACAGUGGCAGGCCAGUAGGGAGCUUUGCUUCACUGCACAAACACUUCUUGCACCUUUUUAGUUCAACUUUUGAAGUAGACACCCUUGAAACAAGGUAUGUGUGUAAAAAUAUAUAUAUAUAAUAAGAAAUCAUAAUUUUUUGACUCUGAAUAUCUGUUCUAAUAUGCUUAUAUACUGUAAGAUAAGGCCGACAUGAGGGGGUUUUGUUACCUGUCAUUUGUUUAUUGUUACAUUUAAGUUUGCUGGGUUUUGACAUACUGUACCAGUGGCUUAGGGAAAUUAGCCCCUAAAGCCAGAGCUUUUGGAAAUGUAAUUAUUUUUACUUGAAAAGACAAAAUUAUAAUGCCUAUAAAAUUAUUAUUUUUAUUAGCUUAUCUUCUCCCACACACUUUCCCUGCUUACUGCACCCUCUAUUACAAAGUGACCAUCAUGAAUGGAAACAUUGGUACUGUGGUAGCCCCUCUGCAGAGCACCUUGACACUUGAUUGUUAUGAAAGCAGCCCACUUUAGAUUCCUUUGCCUUUGGUCCCAUUGCUCCCUGUGACUCCUAGUGCAGCAAUGAGCCUGUCCUCUCCUUCAAAGAUUCUGUGUGGAGUGGGACUUUCAGAAAUUCCAUCAGUUCUAUCCAGUAUAGUUUGGAUUAAAAAAAAGAAAACAACGGUCUACUAUGUAUACAAGUAGAUUAAGGGGCUGGUGGAGGGAAUUCUGGUUUGUGUUAUUUUUCCAAAGAGAUUGUUGCUGCUUUUAGAUGGGUUUGGUUGCUGAGGGGGGAUGAUUGUAGUUUGCUUAGCAGUAAGGCAAAAAAUAAGCAAACAAAACCCCCAAUCCCACCCAUAUUUAAUCAGACCUGUAAGUCUGAUUUCUUGUAACUACAAAUUCAAGCUCCAGUCCAGUUGAAGGCUUUGCACUCAGAAGUGUCUGUAUGGACUGACUUCAUGCCCCUCAGCUAUUUCAACUUAUGUUUUGUUGGGAUCAAAGUCAAAUGAUGCUAGAAGUCGAGGUUUUGAAUUUGGUGAGGGAAGAAAUGCAUUGGCAUGGCAUUAAGUGUAUGUCAGACAGAAUUACAAACAGUUCAAAGAAAAGUCGAAAGUUUUACAGACUAGCUUAGAUAUAUGUUAAUGUCUGCAUACUGCUGCAGUCUGUUUUGCAGAGUAUAUGGUACUGAUUAUCUCACUGCUGUCAUGUUCUGAAAGUUGCCUGUGUAUUAAGCUUAAAGAAUAAAAAAACCCCAGCGCAGUAUUGUUACAAGACAAAGUUAAAAAUAUGUAAUGAAUAAUAUAUUCAGCAUAAAAAAAGUUUUCAAACGUUCAGGAUUUUAAAUAAACUUAACUCAUAUUCAGCA